UGAAGUCAACAUUGAAGCAGGUUGGAGCUUGCCUUAAGGCUUGUGGCCAAGGGUAUAGAACUUUCCUUUCUUAUAGCCCCCCAUCCUCUUAUUUUAACUUACCAGCCGAUUUAACACCCUUCAUCACUCGAACAACUCAAGACCACAUUUGCGGAGGUGGAUUCGGUGAUGUCUGGAAAUGCAAUUACAAUCCAGAUGGUUGCGGUCAAGGCCUUCAGAUACCCAGAGCAAUGUGAAGAUUCAGAGAGAAUACACAGGAAAAUUAACAGAGAAAUCGGCAUUUUGACGAUUUUACGCCAUAAUAACAUUGUACCGUUGUUGGGUACAGUGACAGGAUUUGGACGGAAGCCAGGGUUGCCCAGCUUGGUAACUCCGUGGAUUUCCAACGGCACGUUGAAUGCCUACCUUGCAUCUAAACGCAAGCAUCUAACAGUGCUGGACCGUUCACGUAUGGUAAGUAGAAUUCCCAUCACAUCCUUGCACUCUGUGCCUGUCGUGCAUGGGGAUAUAACAGGAGCAAAUAUACUAAUUGACGAGGGAGGCCGGGCGAAGCUAAUCGAUUUUGGCCUUUCCACCGUUGUCACGCCCGUUUUCGGCCAAUCACACUUGGCUGUAACAUCGAUACAUCCAGGCGCAAUCCACUAUGCAGCACCAGAACUUCUAUUAGAUGAUGUCAAUGUCAAUGGUCUACCUUUGGAAAAAACCGACAUCUACUCAUUUGGUUGUGUAAUGCUUCAAGACUUACGGAACAAGAUUAUCUCGGGUCAGCACCCUUGGUCUGAGAUCAAGUGUCAAUCCCCGGAAUUCCGUGUCUAUGGUUUGAAACGCCAAGGUCAUAGUCCGCAGCGCCCAAACGGUCACCCUGCAAUAAUGGACUCAGAUUGGGACAUGAUUCAAAAAUGUCUGCAAUCAAAAUUUGAACUUCGGCCUUCAGCAGAUGAAGUAUUCGACUUUGUCACGCGUAGGCCUUGCUCAUCAGAUUCUUCGAGUCUACCUAACGAUUCUCCCGAUAAUGCGCAGGGUGGCUUCCCCGGAGCUUCCUCGCACAAUAAUUCCAACGGUAUAACAAAACACCCGUUUAAUAGUCUACGAUCCAACCCUGAUCAUGAGCCGACGGAUGGAAUUAUAGAGCCUGGAGCUCAGAUAUCUUUUCCUUCUUCACCACCCAACACUGAUUCUUCGCCAUUAUUUCAGAGUGUCAUUCGAUCGACUAGCAACCCAGGACAUGAACAGAAACAACCGGCGCCACCACCACCGCCACCUCCAAACGCAUGGUCGAGCAACCACGAAACGCGCCUGCGGGAAAGAAAUAUCGUCAUAUUUGGCGAAACCGGUUCAGGGAAAAGUUCAAUCAUCAACACAAUCGCGCAAAAGCAGCUCGCGAAGACAUCUAACGAUGCACAUGGAUGCACUUCUACCUCUCAACGUUACCCAGUAGAAUUCUCAGGCCAGCAAUUCGUCCUGAUUGAUACCGCAGGUCUCUGCAUGGGAACUGCAGACACCGUGUCAGCGGCAAAAGCGGAAAAAAGGUUGAAGAAUCUGUUGCGUGAGCUCAUGAGCUCCAAGUUGGAUGAAAUUAGCCUUCUGGUGUACUGCAUGGACAGCACGAUCGCCACUAGCGCCCUCCUUAAGGCCUAUGAUAAAUUCCACUCUGGAAUCUGCCAGAAGAAGUUUCCGAUCGUAGUCGUCAUCACAGGAUUAGAGAAAGAGACCCACAUGGAGAGCUGGUGGGAUACCAAUGUGAAAAAAUUCAAGGGCAUGUAUUUCGAAGGUCAUGCUUGCGUCACAACGCUUUGGGAACACACAAGCCUCCCAAACCACAUCACUCAUCGUAUUUCAGAGUCGGGCGAUAUUCUGCGCAAACUUGUCAUAGACAAUUACGCGGAUUUACCAAUUGCCAACGGCUUAGAUUCGGCGAUGAGCAAAAGCUGGUUCAAGAAGAAGGGAUGAUCGCGCAUUAUUCUCGAAUGAACU